UAUGAAUGUUCACAUGAUGUCGAGCAUAGUCGUAUGGCUGUCCUCAUCCUAGACGUGUCUUACAAUUGAUGCAGCUGGGGAGAUUGCUGGGAUACUCUUUGCUAGUUACAACUAUUCUGCAGCGUGAGACACAUGGAUUCGUCGGAGUUUAGAGAUCGAGGGAAGGAGAUGGUGGACUAUAUUGCUGAUUACAUGGACACUUUGUCAUUGAGGAGAGUGACACCAGAAGUGGAGCCGGGCUACCUACGUGAGCUACUUCCAUCUAGAGCCCCCAGAAAAGGGGAGGAUUUUACAGUCAUCAUGAAAGACGUAGAACGUGCGAUAAUGCCAGGGAUUACACACUGGCAGCAUCCAAACUUCCAUGCUUACUUCCCCGCUGGAAACUCCUAUCCGUCUAUACUUGGGGACAUGUUGUCUGCAGCUAUUGGCUGCAUUGGAUUCUCAUGGGCUGCAAGCCCGGCAUGCACUGAACUUGAAAUAAUAACACUUGACUGGGUCGGAAAGAUGAUAGGUCUGCCAAGUAUGUUUCUGCAUGAAAGUGGUAUUGGUGGCGGUGUAAUUCAGGGCUCUGCAAGCGAAUGCAUACUUGUGGCACUAUUAGCCGCCCGACACACAGCUAUGAGACAACUCAAGAACCGAUUCCCGUUCAUCGAGGAUGGAUUAUUACUGUCUAAACUUGUGGCAUAUUCAUCGAAACUUGCACAUUCAUGUGUGGAGAAAGCAGGAAUGAUAGGUUUUGUGAAGAUGCGUCAGUUAGAUGUUGAUGACAAGUACUCUCUCCGUGGUCAAGUACUGGACAAUGCUAUAGAGGAAGAUCGACGACUGGGUCUCAUUCCUUUCUUUGUUUGUGGCACUCUUGGGACGACAGCAUGCUGCUCCUUCGAUAACAUUCAAGAGAUAGGCGAAGUGUGCGCCAAAGAGAAUGUCUGGCUUCAUGUGGACGCGGCGUAUGCUGGCAAUGCCAUGAUUUGUCCAGAGUUUCAACACUUACUUAAAGGGAUUGAAAAUGCCAACUCUCUCAAUUUCAACACCAACAAAUGGCUCCAAGUCAACUUUGAUUGCUCAUUGAUGUGGGUCAAGGACAACGAGGCACUUACAACUGCUCUAACCGUGGACCCUCUGUAUCUGCAACAUAAACAUGGCGACAAGGCAAUCGAUUUCAGGCACUGGGGCAUUCCUUUGAGUCGGCGGUUCCGGGCGAUAAAGCUGUGGUUCGUUAUUCGAACAUAUGGAUUAGAGGGGCUCCAGCAUCGUAUUAGAGAGCAUGUACGUCUUGCAAAGCUGUUUAAGAAGUUGGUGGAGACUGACGAUCGUUUUGAAAUAAUGGGUGAUGUGACGAUGGGUUUAGUUUGCUUUCGAUUGCAGGGCCCCAAUGCUGUAACACAGAAACUACUCAAAGUUGUGAAUGAUUCUGGGAAGCUGCACAUGGUGCCUGCUCUCAUUAACGAGCACUAUGUCAUCCGAUUUGCCAUUUGCGCUGAGAUGGCUGAUGACAAAGACAUAUAUUUCGCAUGGGACGUCAUACGGAGCUUUGCUACAGAUCUACUGAUGUAUCAGCGCGACAGCAACAGAGACACGGAGAAGGAAAGCUCUGAAAGCAUCAGUGAAGAGGAUGACGAAGUGUUUCCAGAAUUUGACAGUGAGCUUAUUUUCGACAACCAAAGAUGCAACAUGCAGAGAGCACGACUUCGCAGGAGUUUAUUUCUUAAGAUGGUUUCUGAUCCAAAAUCAUACAAUCCACGGGUUCUGAAAUCGUUACAUAUUGACAAUCGACGUCAUAGAAGUCAGUCGUUGGGAGGGGGGUCAUCCAAGUACCACCAGACAGGGGACUAUUACUUUGGAACUCCAGUAUAAUGAUGUAACAAGUCACAUUUCACAGAAACUGUACUGUUUCUAGCCCUCUAUUGCUGUAUCUAGUAUCUCAUUUCCUGAAAGAUUAUUAUGUCUCGCCAAAUUAUCUCCUUCCCUUCAAUUAUGUCCCCUGUGUGUCGUCAUAUAGUUGUACAAUCUCAUAACGUUAACCUUUCUUAAAUCGUAUAUGUUGCGGGUUCCUUGAGCUAACUUCAGGUUUCAGUUUGUCAUUAGACAAAACUUUCAUUCUAUUUGAAGUACUUAGGUGUAAUGUUACUACAUAUGCCUGCCUAUAUACUGUCACAUUGUGUGUAUGCAUACAUUCAAAUCUGCCGUCAUAUUUUGUAGCACUGUGUCAAAUGUGUCAAGAUUUUAUGUACACGCGUUCAUGUAUGUACAUGUACGUGAUAUUUGAAGAAACAGUGAUUUCGAUAUUGUUGUUGACCCCAGCUCCUGAUGAGCUGCUUAUUUGUGUAAAAUAGGCAAAAUAAAAUCCCACUCUACAA